AGUCCGGUUUACUUGAAUGACAUGUUCUCUUCUCUUUCCCAUGUUAAACAGAUGGGCCAUUUAUGUAAUGUCAUAUUUGUGGCAGUUCAUCGGUAACAGUUCAGUCAUAUUAAAAUAAUUUGUUCAUAGUUUACCACCUAAACAUUCUGAACUAGAUUUUAUACUAUAUAGAUUUACUACUGUAUAUACUAUGGAUAAAUGGACAGCAGAAUGGAAGUCAAUUUAACUUUUUAUAUUUUGUUCUAACAUCUGCCUCAUUAUUGGCUAAAUACAUAAUCUCUGAUCCAACCUUCUUGACCUCAUUAGUUUCAUGGCCUGUACAAUGUAUAAAGGGAAAGUAGAAAGAAAAACAAUUUUUUUUCUAGGUCAAAUACGUGUUUUUGGAAUUCAUUUAAUGGCCGGCAGUGUGUCUUGCCUAGGCAUUAUAUCUGGCAAAUGGUCACAUCUCUGUUCACAGAGAUUAUCACCCUACGAAUUUAAGUGGAUUUACUAUGGUAGUUUUUCAUGUAGAGCCUAGAGAAACGGCUGAAAAGCAAUUUUCUCAAGAAUAUUUAUUCUCCAAACACUGGCAGCUGAUCUCUAUUUUUCAGUGCUUUACUAGAAUCAGCAUCAUCCUUUUUUUUUUCCUCAUCUGACUAUUAAUUUAGGUUUGCAUUAGUUUAAACCUAUGUAACUGAAUGUUAUAACACACCUUAAAAUGUAACCUUGUUUGAAAUCAUAAUAAAAGACAGAAAUGCAGAGAGUUAUCUUUUAAAGAGAAAUAAAUAAAUAAAAAGGUUCAUUCUCCAUGUUUAGUUUGCAUGUCAACACUUCCUUUAAGCUUCUUAACGCACUAAUGAAAGUGGUCGCUUAUUGUCCGGAAGACAGAUGGUUUCUAUCUUGAUUAAGUUUUAAUUUUGCUCUUGCAUGGAACUGACAGGCUUGUCUCAUUCUGUCAUGAACAAGCAUCUCUCUCCCACUGCUUCCCGUCUAAAUGGUAUCUCCAGUGAGACUCCUGGGACAGGAGUGGAUCUGUAAGAGUGCAUUUCUUUCUUUCCUGAGCUGACUUUUUGGUUCUAUCUACAGCAGGCUGGCUCUCCUGUGAUCAUUUAUUUAUUUCAUUUCCUUUUUUUUUUCCAACUUCAAGGGAUACUACUUUCAGAAUGGAGAUUAGUAUUUAAUGCAACUUUGUUUUUCUCCAGAACCGUGCUCUUCAUGUUUACAUAAGACACAAGUCACAAGUAAGAUGAAGAUGAUCAAAUUAACUCAACAAUUACUCUGGGGGUUUCUUUUGCUCUGCAUAGUAAACCACAGCAUCCAGCAAGUGUCCAGUGGCAACCAAAGCUCUCGAGGACAGAGAAAGUCAUCACAGGACAGGACAGGGACAUGUGAAGUGGUUGCUGCUCAUCGCUGCUGCAAUAAGAACAAGAUUGAAGAGCGCUCUCAAACAGUCAAGUGUUCUUGCUUCCCAGGACAGGUAGCUGGGACAACAAGGGCACUGCCCUCUUGUGUUGAAGCCUCCAUUGUGCUUCAGAAAUGGUGGUGUAAAAUGGAGCCGUGCAUGCAGGGGGAGGAGUGUAGAGUUCUCCCUGACCUCACUGGUUGGUCAUGUAUCUCUGGCAACAAAGUGAAGACCACGAAGAUUCCACAAUCAAGUGUAAUAGCCGCUUCCAUUGGUUAUAUCAAACCUUCUGCUCUCGCCAGCCUCAGCGUGCUCGGAAAACCUAAUUCUAUAAUCUGGAGAAUGAUUGGGCCAAGAGGACAAACAGAAAAUAAGCUGUGAACUAAUUCUGCACACUAAAACCCAUGUAAUUAAAUCUGACGGCCAAAGGAAAACCCCGCUGCUUUUAGAAACGCGCUGUCUCUGAAGUUGCCUUUUUGUUGAACUGAUUUUUAUACAUAAUUCAUGGCAGGGGGAAAAAUACUGUGAAAGUGGGGCAGGUAAGCAGUGGAAGCAUACAGAAAAAGAUCAAUUGCGUCUCUGCAGCCACAACAUUAUAAUCUUUAACAAAGGAUAAAACAGAAUAGGAUUCAGUUGUCUAUUACAGAAGCAUGUGGGAUAACUUCUUUGCUGUCAGAUGUAAAACUAUCUUUAGCAUGAUAAAAUCUAAAAAAAAAAUCAAAACUUAGUCAAACCAAAUAAAGUAAAAAUAGAGAAACUCAAAUGCUACAUUGAAAAAAACUAAUUCAGCAGGAGAAUUUGAUGCAAUAAGAGGUUUUAUGGUCACACACAGACAACAGGAAAAUCCAGUGAGUUACUCCUCAGAAACUGAGUUUUUAAAUAGAAGAGCCAGAUCUUUUAUGUGCAACACAUAUUCACCCAGAUACAAGGUUUAUGUUAUAUUUUAAAGACUUACUGGAUCAGUGAACCAGUUUUUCUACUUUUAUCAUAUAGAGGUGAGCCAAAGACCUCCCCAACACAGGCACUUUAAAAGUUCCAUGAUGUAAUCAUACUUUUACCUUUAAAUUGGCUCCACCAGUUCACUAACAGUUCACAAUCAGAUCAGUUCAUGACGUAGAGACGCUUUGUGAUAACAUGAUUUGGUGAUUAUGUUUUAAUGUUUUGACAGCUUUGCAGCUGAGAGUUACUUUACUAACUCAGUUACUUCAUCUUCCAGCAGGCUGAAGGCAAGUGUAUAUUUGUGCUUGUUUCUCAGCCUACGCAAAGUGAAGUAUUAGUGGAAUUUAAACAAUACCAAGGUUACAGAGAUCCAUUCGAAUGCCUUUAACGAGGCAACAAGUGAAAGGUUAGGAGAAAGGUAUUAAUGAGCAGAUAUGGGAAAGACAACUACAGUUCAGGCAUAUAAUGCCACAGGCUGUCCGUGUCAAACACUGAUUUAAAGAUGAAGCACUUAGAUUUUUUUUUAAAUUCAUAGUCAGCAAUAACCUCUGUUCCAUUACAAAAUAAAAUUACCAACUUCAGCACAAACACACAAGGUUGCAGCAAAUGAUUGUCGUGCAUGGACUGUAAAAAAAAGUUUCAAUUAGAGGCGGAGGAGCUGGUGGUGGCUAAGGGUAACUUUAAGCUUUGAUAGUCUAAUUAAAUUAUUGUGUGAAAACGGCUGCGUCUUUAGUCAGUUUUAGGUAACAACACCAGCAGUGACCUUUCAUGCAGGUUUUUAUGCUUCUGCAGGAGGUUGUCUAUAUAAUCUGGUCCAUUUCUGUUUAUCACUGGUUUAUCACUGAUCAAAAAGGAUGAAAUCCGAGCCUGUCAAGCCUACAUUGAAAUGAGAUGAGAGAGGGCACCUAUUGCUCAUAUCUAUGAGAGAGAUAACACCCUAUAAAGGCCUUUUAAUAAGCUGAUAACAGGCCAAGCAAGUCUUGUCUCAAGUUCACAGGGGUUGAUUCAUUGGCCACAAAAUAGAUUUUUAUAAGUCGUAGCUGUAAGUUGGCGAUAAUACUGAGCCGACAUGACUGUUGCAGAAUGAAUUCUCUUUUUCACUCUGCCACCGCUCUGUUUGUAAUGUAUACUUUAUACUUUACUCAACACACUGCAGUAAAUUGAGAUUUUGUCUAAGCUUGUAAAUAAAAAAUGUACACAGCCCCAGAAAAGUUUUAACUACCAAAGGCAUAGAGGGAGCAACACAAACAUACAUACUUUCUAAUGACUACAAAAGUUUACAUUUUUCUUUUAAAACUAAGUUUGAAGCUUUUGAAUGCUUUAGAUUUUUCCACCAAAGCUGUUCCAGUAAUGGUUUGAUCCACAGUGCUUGCUUAGUACCAGAUGUAGACACCAGCUAUGCCAAACCACAGAAAUGGUAAGGGGGUUGUGGAGGCCAGAAGCAACAAAGAAGCUAAAAUGUUUGAUAAUUACCAUAAUAGAAAUUCAGAGUUAGUGUAGGAUCUUGUCUAUUUUAAUACAAAUCAAAGUGGGAUCCUUGCAGAAGAACUGUCCUUUUUAGAAAGUCCAAAUAUACAUGAGGAAUCCUUAGAUCCAUAGAUUCAGGUAUGAAUACUGAUUAGUGAUUGUGAAAGCAGCUCUGUGCAGUGCAUUGCCCUGCAUAUAAGUUUAACUUCCCAAGCCAAAGCUUAGCUUUAUACCCGGACGGAAACCAGAAAAAUGUUUUACUUCAUCUGUUUCACUAGUGCAAAUUGUAUAGUUUUGAUUACAGUACAAUAAACCACUAAUUAGAGGAGAUUUUAAAGUGUCUUUUUCUUGUAUGGAUGUAAUCUAUGUACGUGCUUAAGCAAAGCAGUAAAAAGAGACAUAAAACGAGUAUUGUCAUAGUGGCAAUUUCUGUUGAAAUCCAUAUAAAAGCUUCCCAGCGCAACAUUCUUGCAGCAACCAUCACUGUUCAGCUUCAUUGUUUUGCUUCAAUAUUGAGAGUUUUUCACUUUUAGAUAGAGAAUCUGUCUUAUUACAGGGAGACAUACACUUUACUAGCCUUUGGAUAAGUUUACCAGCCUCGUACUCGUCAUCAUUCGCUUAUCCAGAACCAGGUCGCGGGGGCAGCAGUCUCAGCAGAGACACUCAGACUUUCCUCUCACCAAACACCUCCUCCAGCUCUUCUGGGGGUUGACCAAGGGGUUUCCAGGCCAGCAGGUAGUCAUAGUCCCUCCAGAAGGUCCUGGGCCGUUCCCUUGGGCUCCUUCCUUUGCCUUAAACACCUCCCUAUGGAAGCGUCCAGGGGUCAUUAGAAAAUAAUACCUGAGCCACCUCAGCUGACUCCUCUUAAUGUGGAGGAGCACCAGGUUACUCCGAGCUCCUCCUGGAUGGCCGAGUUAAACACACCAUCUCUAAGGGAGUGUUUGGCCACCCUUUGGAUAAUGCUCAUUUCCUCCGCUUGUAUUCAGGACCUCGUUCUUUCAGUCAUGACCCAAAGUUCAUCACCAUUGAUGAGGGUAGGAAGUCCGCCUUUUAGCUCAGCUUUCUUCACCACAACGGACUGGUACAGCAUCUGCAUUACUGCAGUAGCCACACCAAUCCGCCUGUUGGUCUCUCACUCCAUUCUCCCCUCAUUUGGGAACAAAACCCUGAGAUACUUAAACUUGGCUACUUAAACUUGGCUGGAAUGAGUUACCAGUCAUACCAGCGUAUCUCUUGACAGACUUCAGUUUAUGUAAUUUCAGACAUUAAGCUAAGCUGUAACGAUUGCUUGGAGCUGGAGAUAUAAAUGUGUAAAUGUCACAUUUAAAAUAACCAAAAGCCAGAUUUUCCAACACACUGAGCUUAAUUUUAUGAAAAAAAAAAAAAAAUCUAAAUCAAUUUUCCCUUAAAAAAAGCAAAUAGCACUAACUCUUUUUU